AUGCUACUCUUCCUGGGCAUCCUCUUCGGCAUGGCCUUUGGUGCACCCCAGCCCUGGCGCUGUGCGCCCUGCACGGAAGAGAAGGUGGCGCUCUGUCCGCCAGUCCCUGCCACGUGCCUGGAGCGUGCCCAGCCGGCCGGCUGUGGCUGCUGCCCCUUGUGCGCUUUACCUCUGGGCACAGCCUGUGGAGUGCGCACAGCCCGGUGUGCUCGCGGGCUGACCUGCCGUGCGCUGCCAGGAGAACCUUGGCCACUACAUGCACUCACCCGAGGUCAAGGUGCCUGUGUGUCUGUGCAGGAGGAAGCUGAGACUACUCCCAGUACCCAGGCCACAGAUGUGAAGGACUCUUCAGAUCCAGAGACUGUGCAUUCUGAGAGUGUGGAGAUAACACAGGAACAGCUGUUGGACAAUUUCCACCUGAUGGCCCCUUCUGGUGAUGAAGGAUAUAUCCUCUGGAAUAUCAUCAGCACCUAUGAGAGCAUCAGGGAUAGAGACACAACAGAUAUAAAAAAAUGGAAGAAGCCAUGUCAAAGGGAACUCUUCAAAGUACUCAAUAGAUUAGCCAAGGCUCAACAGAAGGCUGGAGAAGAAAUUUACAAGUUUUAUCUGCCAAACUGCAACAAGAACGGAUUUUAUCACAGCAAACAGUGUGAGACGUCCUUGGAGGGUGAGGCUGGUCUCUGCUGGUGUGUGUACCCAUGGAAUGGAAAGAAGAUCCCAGGGACCUCAGAGGUCAGAGGAGAGCUCAACUGCCACGUGUAUUUGAGUUUAUAA